AUGACAGGACAGUCUGUGGUAAUCCAGCUGUUGGACUGGAUUUUCCGCGGGGUGGCCCAGGUCAUGUUUGUUAACAACCCUGUCAGUGGCCUCCUUAUCACAGCCGGCCUCUUUCUGCAGAGCCCUUGGUGGGCUCUAAAUGGCCUGCUUGGUACCUUUGUCUCCACCUUGUCUGCCAUCAUGCUCGGACAAAACAGGGCAGCCAUAUCAGCGGGUUUAUAUGGCUACAAUGGAACAUUAGUCGGCAUGCUGAUGGCUGUUUUCUCCACUAAAGGAAGCUGGUAUUGGUGGCUGUUAUUGCCAAAUAUGUUCAUGUCUAUGUUGUGCCCGGUGGUCUCCCGUGCUUUAUCCUCAGUUGCCAGCAAAUGGGACCUCCCGAUAUUCACACUGCCCUUUAACAUCUUGGUGUGUCUACAUGUUGCAGCUACAGGAGCCAAUCACCCCUACUUCCCAGAGGUACAGUACAGACCUGCAAUCCAAACAAGGAUGCUCAUACGAAGUGCUUAGCUGUAAAUUAAAAUGGAACGUUUUCUGCAAUUUCAGCUCUUCCUGUCAGUGCCAGUUGGUGUGGGCCAGGUGUAUGGCUGCGACUGUCCUUGGACAGGAGGUCUCAUCCUUCUGGCCCUGCUGCUUUCCUCACCCACUAUCUGUUUCCAUGCCAUGUGGGGCUCUGCUGCUGGCAUGUUGUCUGGAUUUGCCCUUGCAGCUCCUUACAAAGAUAUCUACUCUGGACUCUGGGGAUAUAACAGUGCUCUGUCUUGCAUCGCCAUCGGAGGAGUCUUCUAUGUCAUAACAUGGCAAACUCAUCUCCUGGCUCUGACGUGUGCACUUUUCUGCGCAUACAUGACUGCAGCGAUCUCAAAACUCAUGUCUAUGCUGGCAUUACCGGCCUGCACGUGGCCUUUCUGCCUGUCGACUCUCAUCUUCCUCCUCAUUUCCUCUGAGAUCCCAGCCAUCUGCAGACUGCCUCUGUCUGUGGUCUCCUACCCCGAGGAAAACCGGCGCUACCAGAGACAAUUAAAGGCCUCGGAGAAAGCUCAGCGCAGUCAGCAGAGCUGCAGCCAAGAAGAGGCCACGCUGAAGGAGAAUGGACGGCCAAAUGUCCAGUUGGUGGUGGACUGCAGUGAAUCUGUGUGA